UGCAGCGGCGCAUCUCCUCUCGCUCCUCUUUUUGUGCAAGAAAAACUGACUUUUAUCUCACCAUGAGGGAAAUCGUGCAUAUCCAGGCGGGCCAGUGCGGGAACCAGAUUGGUGCCAAGUUCUGGGAGGUGAUCAGCGACGAGCACGGCAUCGACCCGACUGGGACGUACCAUGGAGACAGUGACCUGCAGCUGGACAGGAUCAGUGUGUACUACAACGAGGCCACGGGUGGAAAAUAUGUACCCAGAGCCAUUCUAGUGGAUCUGGAGCCUGGGACGAUGGACUCUGUGCGCUCUGGGCCGUUUGGACAAAUCUUCAGACCCGACAACUUUGUCUUUGGACAAAGCGGCGCAGGGAACAACUGGGCCAAAGGUCACUACACGGAGGGGGCGGAGCUUGUGGACUCGGUGUUGGACGUGGUUCGUAAAGAGGCGGAGAGCUGUGAGUGUCUGCAGGGCUUCCAGCUCACCCACUCUCUGGGCGGGGGCACCGGGUCGGGCAUGGGCACCCUCCUCAUUAGCAAGAUCAGAGAGGAGUACCCCGACCGCAUCAUGAACACCUUCAGCGUGGUGCCCUCUCCAAAGGUUUCAGACACGGUGGUUGAACCGUACAAUGCCACGCUCUCAGUGCACCAGCUUGUCGAAAACACUGACGAAACCUACUGCAUCGACAACGAAGCUCUUUACGAUAUCUGCUUCCGUACUCUCAAACUCACCACCCCAACGUACGGCGACCUCAACCACCUCGUCUCCGCCACCAUGAGCGGCGUCACCACCUGUCUUCGUUUUCCCGGGCAACUCAACGCCGAUCUGAGAAAACUCGCCGUCAACAUGGUCCCAUUUCCACGUCUGCACUUCUUCAUGCCCGGCUUUGCCCCCCUGACCAGUAGGGGGAGCCAGCAGUACCGCGCGCUCACCGUGCCAGAGCUAACCCAGCAAGUUUUCGACGCUAAAAACAUGAUGGCCGCUUGCGAUCCUCGGCACGGGCGCUACCUCACCGUCGCCGCCGUUUUCCGUGGGCGCAUGUCGAUGAAAGAAGUCGACGAGCAAAUGUUAAACGUUCAAAACAAAAACAGCAGCUACUUCGUGGAGUGGAUCCCGAACAAUGUCAAAACGGCUGUUUGCGAUAUCCCCCCGCGCGGUCUCAAAAUGGCGGUCACGUUCAUCGGAAACAGCACGGCGAUCCAGGAGCUGUUCAAGCGUAUUUCGGAGCAGUUCACCGCCAUGUUCCGCCGUAAAGCUUUUCUUCACUGGUACACGGGCGAAGGGAUGGAUGAGAUGGAGUUUACGGAAGCAGAGAGCAACAUGAAUGAUCUGGUGUCCGAAUAUCAGCAAUACCAGGACGCCACCGCGGAGGAGGAGGGCGAGUUUGAGGAAGAAGUAGAAGAAGACGCGUAAGGAGACAAAAGCGAAGAGUAAAAAACGACGCAAAAAUGUAAUGUCUUAUAUCUGCAUUGGUUAAAAGAACUUUAAUUCUGACUUUUUUAAUUGAUUUUGACUGCUUAAUUUACUUUAUUGAAACUUUUAUGGUGGACGGUUCAUCUUUUGUUUUGUUGUCUCCAUGGAGAUGCACAAUUUUCCACAGUAUUAAACUUAAACCUGCAUUUAUUUGAUAAUAUUUGACUGAUAAAACAAUAAAUUGGCUUCUAAAACAUAAAAAAAAAAUUGAUCUGACUUGUUUGAACUUGUUUCUUA